GCCUCCAAAGAGAAAUACACCUAUCAGUGAUGGUUAUGGAGCAUGAUGGACGUCCCCUCAGCCAAUCAGAGCCAGACACCCUGCCAGCCGUGGGCGGGUCAGAAGGACUGGUCCACAGCUUCACCUCCAAGACACCCCUUUAACCCUCUGCCCAGCUUUCAGCAUCUCAACCUGAUGUCUCCUUCUGAUUACACUCCCUGUUACAACCACCUCCAGAUGUCCAGCUCCAGCUUCCAGAGAGACUUCACUGCAUUUUCACCCAAUAACAACAAUCCUCAUAACAGCUUGUUACAUGUUAAUAACACCAACCACAGUGUGCAGCCAGUCAUUCCUGAUGUUUCAGCCACGAUUCCAGCUGCACGCCGAGGAAGUAACAUGAAUGAAGACAUUCGUCCUUGUGACACCCAAUGGACAUCACUUCAUUCCCCUCCCAACCCUUACCAAGCUGUAGCUCAACAUUUCCAGCAUCCCUACACACAGCAGGAUUUAGUAAAUGGACCUCAGUCACCACAUCAAAAUCAUUUGCCCAUUAGGCCUCCAUUAUAUGGAAACGAGAGUCCACAGUGUAUACCUCAGCCUGGAUUUGAGGGAGCAAAUGCCAGAUCAUCUGCUGUAUUUACUCACAAUCAUGCCUCGCCCACCUCUCCCAUCCAACAGCAGCCUCAGUGGACACUUCCAGCACAGUCUGGAGAAAACAUAAACCAGUUUGUUCCCACUGCAGCUGCACAGGUCAAAAGCUUCACACCUCAGUCUCCUAACUCUGAAUCCCGUUAUGGUCUGGACCCAGAGCUCCUGCCUAGCGCUGUGAAGGUGAUGACGGAGGACAAGGCUGAGUGGGAGGGGAAGGUUUUUACCUCUGAGCCUUUUUCCAGUCUUCCUCCAUUGGCAACUACUUCCUGUAUCGUAGAGGACAGAGUACCAUGGCAGCACUACCAGCCUACCAAUGGUGUGAACGGGGUUCGGGUUGAUAAGGAGAAGAGGCCUGAACUCAGCACGGGGUCAUAUGAAAUCCUCAAUUCUCAGAAGGGGGAAGCUGCUGCACUCCUUCUAGCCAUAGAUGUGUCUGUCUCAGCACUGAGAGGAGGACACUUGGAAUUCGUAACACAACAAAUACAAAUGCUGCUUAACUCUAUGAACAGGGAGGAUGGUGAUGCUUUAGAUGUGCGUGUUGGUUUGAUGACGUAUGACAGCAGGAUCCACCUCUACGACCUCAGUCCUGAACUGUCCCGCCCACACAUGCUGGUCAUCACAGAGACAGAUGACCUGCAGCUUCCCGUGAGGGAGGGACUUCUGGUGCCCCUCAAAGACUGUAUCAGCAGCAUCGACAGCGUGUUACAACUCGUUCCUCAGUUCAACACAGAAGGAACUGACUCCGGUGGAGUUCCCAUGGAGCUGCCUGUCAAAGCUGGACUUGCUGUACUACAGGGUCUGGGUUGUCCUGGCAAGCUGCUGAUCUUCCAUACUACCUCUCUGAUAGAGACUGGACACACAAGCUCAGGCUUCUUUGGCACCAACAAACCAAAGUCCAUCUUUCAGCCAUCAGAACAGGCCGUGUCAGUGGUCAAGGAGUGCGUCGGUCAGGGAUGUGGUGUUCAUCUGUUUGUCCUCUCUCACCAAGAUGUGGGUGGGGCUUGGCCAGGCGACAUUCCAUAUUUGACAGGUGGAGCUCUGCACACUUACAGCCACCUCCAGGGAGAAUUGGACAGAGAGCGUUUCAGCACUGAUCUAAAGAGGACUGUAGAGACGCACACAGGCUACAAGGCUGAGCUCAGGAUAUUUGUCAGCAAAGAUUUACGCGUGUCUGGCUGUUACGGGCUGUUUGUUCCUGGUUCUAACCCUGGACGUGUCACCUUGGCCACCCUCGACACUUGGACCACACUGGCUGUGGAGCUCGCACACACCAGAGCUCUGGAUGAGACGAGGGGCGUAGCCAUACAGGUUGUUUUAUCUUACACCCUCCAGACAGGAGACCGGAGGACCAGGGUUCACACUCUGACCCUGCGGUGCUCGCGUCAGCUACAGGACACCUUUCGUCACUACCAGGCCCAAACACUACUCACCUUCUACUGCAAGAAGAGUAAGGAGGAGGAGCUGCAGACGGAGGUUACGGAAGCGCUGGCGUCCUAUCGAAAACACUGCUGCUCUGCUUCAGUGUCCGCGGGGCAGCUGGUUCUUCCUCAGUAUCUGCGAGCUCUUCCUGUUUACAUCAACAGCCUGAUGAAGAGUGAAUUGCUGCUGCCAGGCUUGAGGAGCUCCAUCCAUCAGCGCCUGCAGCGGCGUUGCCAGGUGCUGCGCAUGGACACCUGCAGCACUGCCACACACUUCUACCCUCUGCUGCUGCCUCUGCCUUUAUCAACUGACGGCUCCAACCCUCCGAAACCAGAGGAGGCACUGCGCUGCUCUGCAGCUAGCCUGGAGCCCAGAGGUCUUUAUUUGGUUCAUACACCCCUCACGCUGCUGCUAUGGGUGGGCACCCAAGUCCCAGCAUGCACGCUGGUUGAGCUCUUCAACACCAGCUGUUUUUCAUCCCUGCCCUCUGGAGAGACCAAGCUGCCAGUUCUGGAAAACCAUCUGUCCAUCGGUAUUCGAUCCCUGAUCAACACACUGAACUCAGGGACAUCGUGCACCCGCAAGCUGUGGGUGGUAAAGCAGGGCGACAGUUGCGAGGAGGCCCUGCAGCGCCACCUUGUGGAAGACAAGAGCCCCAAUGGAGGCGCGUCCUACGCAGACUUCCUCUACCAUCUCCACGUCAACUCUGUCCGCCUGCUGCAGUGACACACACACAUAUUUUCAGAUGUGGAUACAAUGUCUUUGACACAAGACGAAACCACAGAGUAUCCACCUCAAACACCAAUCACAGGAGGAACAAAGCUCUCAUACAGUAAUGUAAUCGAGUAAUGAGGAAAGUCUAUAGUCAGAUAUAUAAGGAAUGCAUGGAGACAUUUCAAAUGAUGCAAUAUUUGAUCUGUUCAAGGACUGCUGUGAUAUUAUUUAUGUUUGU